AUGGAUCCCGCCGUCGCGUGGUAUCAGCCCGAGCAGGAAGGACCCGCGAAGCGCCUGUGGCUUCGUAUUUGGGAAACUCAAAGUGAUAUAGAAAAAAUGAACUUGAAAAACUUAGAAAACGCUAAUCCCAAUGUGAAUAAAGCACAAGACUUUAUACCAAUAAACGAUGUGAACGGUGAAAGUAGAAAUAACAAUUAUUUUAAUCCCGCGCGAAGGAAAAUGAACGAUAACCGCGCAUCGACGUUUAACCUGAACAAGAACCACGAUGCUCUUAUAGGUGCAUACGGGGGCUGCCCGUGGCGGAUACCCAAUUAUAAUUACAAGCCGGGAAUUCUGGGGUUACACGAGGAGAUCGAACACUUCUACCAAUACAUGUCUCCAACGGAGACGGAACACCUGGUGCGUUCGACGGUAGUAAAUCGCAUCCGCGGCGCCAUCCUCGCGCUGUGGCCGCAAGCGCGAGUCGAGGUGUUCGGCUCCUUCCGCACCGGCCUCUACCUACCCACUAGUGAUAUUGACCUAGUCGUUAUAGGACAAUGGGAAAAGUUACCUCUGUGGACGUUAGAGCGCGAGCUGGUCGUUCAGGACAUCGCGGAGAAGGAGAGCAUCAAAGUGCUGGAGAAGGCGACCGUGCCCAUCGUCAAGAUGACUGACAAAUAUUCUGACGUUAAGGUGGAUAUAUCGUUCAACAUGAGCAGCGGCGUCAAGAGUGCCGAACUCAUUAAACAGUUUAAGGAAAAGUACCCAGUGCUGACUCGAUUGGUGAUGGUGCUGAAGCAGUUCCUACUCCAACGUGACCUGAACGAAGUGUUCACGGGGGGCAUUUCUUCCUACUCUUUGAUCCUCAUGUGCAUCAGCUUCUUGCAGCUGCACCCUCGGCCCGAGCGGUUACGGCAACCUCACAACCUCGGCGUCUUGCUCAUAGAGUUCUUCGAGUUGUACGGUAGAAAGUUUAACUACGUGAAGACAGCGAUACGGGUCAAAAAUGGCGGUUCAUACGUCUCCAAGGAUGAGAUCCAGAAGGAGAUGAACGACGGUCAUAGACCAUCGCUGCUGUGCAUCGAGGACCCGCUGACUCCUGGCAACGACAUUGGCCGCUCCAGCUACGGCGCCAUACAAGUCAAACAGGCGUUCGACUACGGCUACAUCAUCCUGCAGCAGGGCGUGGGCGCGGGCAGCGCGUGGCUGGCGCGGCACAGCGCGCUGGGCCGCAUCGUGCGCGUGACGGACCACGUGCUGCAGUACCGGCGCUGGGUGCGUGACACCUUCGAGUCCUACUUCUUCCCGCUGCGCCCCACCGCCGCGCUGUCCAGCCCCGAGCCCGAGCCCGACAACGCGUCGCCCGACCUCUCCGACAGCGACCAAGAGUGGUCUGACGGCGGGUCGGGCCCGCCGCUGUCGGCGCUGCAGUGCUCGUCGCCCACGCCGCGCCGCGUGUCCGCGCACCAGAGCCUCAUCAUCCACCACAUCACCAGCAACUCCGACUUCCACAACCUACAGUCAGGUGCGCCCCCAGCCCCCCAACCGCCACCACCGCCCCCACCGCCCCGACCGACACCCAGAGUGGUGAGGUACGGCGGCGGCGACGGCAACCCCAAGGCGCGCAACCAGCGCUCCUUCUCGUCCAAGCAGAUGCGCCGCUACAGCUCGCCGCCGCCGCACGCGCGCUACCGCGCCCCCAACAACAACAACCACCACAACCACCACAACAACAACAACAACAGCGGCGGCGGCGGCGGCGAGCGCCAGCACAAGAAGAGGCGGCCCUACGCGCCCGCGCCGCAGCGAUGA